AUGAGGAUUUCUGCCAUCUCACUCACGCUCUUCUCCCUCCUUCACCUGUCGGCUGGACAGCUCCGGCGUCGCCACGUCCAUCAGCACCGGGCCAACCGGGCCUUCGUUCAGAAGAGGGACAAGAUCACCGUCACGGACAACACCUUCGCUACACCCACCGAGGUCCCCGAGGUUGUCGUCUACGUUGAUCAGUUCGGCAACUCAUACCGCACUGCGACCGAGACUGUCGUCUACGUCCCCAUCACUUCGACCAACACUCCGGAAGUGCCUGCUCCCUCGGUUGCAGCAGCUGCAGCACCUGCCCCUCCGGCUACUUCGGCUCCCCCCGUCGUGGCCCCGGCCCCUGUCCCGGCACCGCCCGCGUCGUCUGUGCCCGCGCCUAAGCAGCCCGCCCCCGAGCCGAGCCCUACUCCUAAGACGAUUCACUCGGAAGCGCCGGUUUCUUCUGCUGCCCCCGCACCAGUCGCGUCACUAGCUCCGGCUCCCGUCUCUGGCGGCAUCAGCGAUCUCCAUGGCGUGACCUACUCUCCCUACAAGGGCGCCGGGGGCUGCAAAUCUGCCCAAGAGGUCGACGCUGAUUUCGCACUCUUCGCCAAGGACCAUGGUGUGGUUCGCCUGUACGGCGUCGACUGCGACCAGGUCGCCUCCGCGUACAAGGCCGCCAAGAAAUACGGCAACAAGCUGUUCCUCGGCAUCUUUGACAUCAACCAGGUGGCCCAGGCCGUGUCCGCCAUGGCUGAUGGCGUUAAGCGUGACUGGAGCCAAGUCGACACCGUCUCUGUGGGCAACGAGCUGGUCAACAGUGGUGCAGCGACUGUAGCCCAGUCUCUCGGCGCCUUGACCCAGGCUCGUCAGGCUCUGCGAGCGGCCGGGUACCAAGGUCCCGUGGUUAUUGUGGACACGUUCGUUGCUGUGCUCGCCCACCCCGAGCUCUGCGACCAGUCCGACUACUGCGCCGUCAACGUGCACCCCUUCUUCGAUCCGAAUACUGGAGCACCCAAGGCCGGCGACUUCGUGACUUCGACGGUUCAAAGAAUCCGCGGUCAGAUGGCGGAUUCCAGCAAGCGCAUCGUCGUCACCGAGACGGGAUGGCCCUGGCAAGGAAAUGCCAACGGCCAGGCCGUGCCCGGCAUGGAUCAGCAGACGUCGGCGCUCUCGUCGAUCAAGGCUGCCUAUUCCAGCAACGCUGGCAACGUGAUUCUCUUCACGGCUUUCAACGACUUGUGGAAGAAGGCCGAGGCGAGUACAUUCAUGGCCGAGCAGUUCUGGGGCAUGGGCGGACGGUACUCACCAUGCGACAAGUAG